GUUUGUUUUUAUUCUGAUUCGUUUCUGCAAUUCUGCAUGCUUUUAUACAAAGUUCGGUUUGUACGGUUUAUAUCUGUUAAUAAUUCAUGAAACCUUAACGUAAAAUCGUAGUUUAUAGCACUUAUCUUCAAGCUUUAAUAAACGAGAUGGGAGUGCGUGGACUGACCACCUACAUCGCCACGAAUGCCGAGCGUUUUCUGCGACCAUUCGAAUUGCACGAUUGUUCGCUGGUAAUCGACGGAGAUAACUUGUGCAUUCAGUUGUUUGUCCGCUCAGAAGAACAGGUAGGGGCUUUCGGUGGAAAUUAUGAUCACUAUUUUCGAGCGGUUGUGGCUUUCUUCGAACUUCUUGCCAAAUGCAACGUACAACCGUACGUCCUGCUGGAUGGUGGCUAUGAGAGGAACAAACUAAAAACGGUAUGUAGUCGAAUGUUGGGUCGAAUUCAGAUAGUUAAAUACGUCAAAGCCGUUUCAAAUCGAACAAUUAUUCCGUUACUCAUUCGAGAAGUAUUUGUCGACGCGCUACGAGCAAUGAGGGUCCCCUUCAUGCGAUGCCUGUUCGAAGCGGAUAACGAGAUUGCGAUUCUGGCCAGAAAACUCAACUGUCCGGUUUUGAGCUAUGAUAGCGAUUUUUAUAUUCACAACGUAAAAUAUAUACCAUACGUUACGAUCACUCACAAAAUUUACAGGAGAGUGGUAGAAAGUGAACAGAAAUAUACUAUUGAGUUAGUAGACCGUAAGAAUAAAGGAAGAGAUAGAGUACUUGCCAAACAGGGUGAUGGAGACAUCCAACCCGAUCAAAUUCAAGAAGCUUUCUGCUAUCUGGACUGUUCGCUGUACACGAUUGAGCAGCUGAUCGGUUCUGAAGAUAGUCUCAACCCGGAAAUGCUACCUCUCUUUGCUACGCUACUCGGUAAUGACUACAUUGAGCGUCGCGUUCUUUCGCGAUUUUAUUCUACAAUGAAAGUGGGAAAGGUCAGCCGAAAAGUAGCCCCCCAGCAACGGAGGAUAGUUGCGAUUCUGAAAUGGCUGCGACAUCAUUCGGUCCAAUCGGCAACUAAGACUAUUUUGAAUCAGGUCCAAGAUAAGCGUCGGGAUGCUUUGAUGCGGCAGCUACGAGGUGCGAUGUACGGGUAUAACUGUGAGGAAUGCACUUCCUAUGAAUAUUUUGGCUUCCAAGAUGAGGCGGAAGCGGAAGGGAAUGCAGAUAAUUUUCUGGAGCAUUUCGAAGAUGAUAGUAGCGAAGCUAUUGUUGAACAAGAGUUGGUAGACGAAGAAAAGACACUGGAAACGGAUUCAGUGAGUGAAGAAAUCCCGGAUGAAGAGGACGACCCAGAAUCUGCUAGUGACGAAACGGAAUAUGCUGAAAGUGAAAAGGAGGAGGAACAGGACUGUGAAUUGUCCUGCUUUACUUGGGAACCUUGGCUGGUAGAUAUUUAUCAGGCCGGUCUAACUCCUCGUUUUGUGGUUGACCUUUACCAUUCCAGCCAGUAUAUAAAUUAUCCCCAAGUGGAAAAUAUUGCCAAACCGGAUAGUAAUGAAAUUUGCUAUAACAUUUUGCGGUAUAUCUUUGCUUUGUUGAAAAGUUCAAACAGGGGUCAUAAUUUUCGGUAUCUUACAAGAUGCCAGAACGUAGCACACUAUCGAUGGGUAAAAUUUCAGGAGGUACAACUUCCUGAAUUUAUAAGUUUUCACCCGAACAAAGAAAAGAAUAUGCCCCUCUUAAAAGUGGCAUUCGAUGAGCUUGCUAAUUGCGAGGAUGUUUUUUUAAAACUACACGAGCUUCCCAUUAAUCAAAGGCUUUAUUUUCUAUGUAUAAUCUACUGGGCCUUCAAAAGUGAUUCUGUUAGCUGCAUUCAUGUUCACGCCUUGAUACUGUGCUUAAUACAGCUUCAAUAUGUAGACAAGCAUUUGACGAACAAAUCCAGAGAUCAGAAGGUUUUCCAAACAAACCUUAAAACAUACUUAGACACACAGAAAAAAUCAUUUGCGAAAAGUUCAACCCCCGACCUGCGACAAAACGAGGAUGAAACAACCACGCAAAUCAUCAAAAGACUUUCGACGGCAGUCAAAAAACCGGAAGCUACACUAUCAUACGAAAUUCUAUUGCCACACUUUUCCAUCCCCGAGCGCAAUUACCGACGGCACGCGGAAUUCGACCGUGAAGUCGCACACACAUUUGCGGAAUUGCAAGCCGUAAUGCUGAAUGUGUUCACGUUGAAUGCUUUACUGAGGCAUCCUUUCGAGCCACUUCGGGUGCACGAAUUUUACAACGGUCUGUUCAUUCACAACCUUUAUCAAUCACUGAAAACCCGCUCGGAUCCGAUGGAGUACAUUAGAAGGACAAUUUUUCGCUAUUCUUCAACGCUAUCGGCGCUACAUCUGGUAUUUUAUGAAUUUGUCAUAGGUUUGGUGCCAAGGCUGAAAAAUAGCCACCACACGAUCAGUGUAAAAUCCAAACCGAAGAAAAAGAGUAAAAAUUCGAAGCGGAUGAGCAGCAAUCGAAAGCGGCAGGAUGUUGAGCUGAACAAGGAUGAGGUAGAUGCUGACAGCGACUCAGACGAGUUUAGUGAUGUAAAUAAUAUGUUUCAUCAACUGAUGAUCAGCGGUCAAUAAAUUAAGGUGAGAGUUAAUUUUUAUCAAAAUUUAAUUUAAGAUUGUUCGUUGUAUGAAGCAAACAUAAUAUGAUUUAGAUUUGCGAAACAAGAUACUUUAUUUAAUAUUCAAUACGCACUUUUAAAGUUGCAAUUACACUAACUGCCUCUCCGUUAGACAAAAAAUAUGUUUGGAAAAGCCGUCAAAAUUAGCAAAUAUGAUAUUCUUUAUAUCGUUUUGCUUGCUUCAUUCUAUUAGGCGGAGCACAGGUGGUGAAAAAAUAUCUUUUUUUUGGAAAUGAAUUGAAAGAAAAAUA